CCACACGCGCGCCACCCUGCGCCCCAUAGGAAUUCCUCCAGUCACGUGGCCACUCACUCGCUCACUCACACCUCAGUCCCUCUGCGACCGACGCUGCCGGCCCACAACUCCUGGUCAGAACUUGGCCUUUUCCCCAGACCCUCAUUUUCCCCACCACUCCCUUGAUACUCAAAGACAGCAACAAUGCGUCUCGAAAAGUGCUACUUCUGCUCAAGCACCGUCUACCCCGGCCACGGCACCAUGUUCGUCAGGAACGACUCCAAGGUCUUUCGCUUCUGCCGGUCAAAAUGCCACAAAAACUUCAAAAUGAAACGUAACCCCCGUAAAGUCCGGUGGACGAAAGCGUUCAGGCGGGCUGCAGGCAAAGAAAUGACGAUCGACACAACCCUCGAAUUCGAAAAACGGCGCAACGUGCCCGUCCGCUACGACCGGUCCCUCAUGGCCACCACUCUGAAAGCCAUGAAGAGGGUCGCCGAGAUUAAAGCCAAGCGCGGGCGGGUGCACUACCUCAACCGUAUGCGCGGGAAGAGCGAGAUGGAGCGGAAGCAGGAUGGGGUGCUUGUCGGGCGGAAUAUCGAGUUGGUGGGCGAUGAGAGCGUUAGGAGGAGGGUCGUGGAGAGGGUGGAAGUCAAGGAGGUUGUCGGGAUGGAUGUGGAGACGGCGUAAAGGGCUGGAGAGAGAGAGGGAGUUGGAGCGGGAAGAGGAGGGACGAGAGGAGGAUCGCGAAGGGGGAACGACAUGGGAGCGAUUUUGAGAAUACCGAUAGCUCCCUUACCCACCACACCACUGCACGCGCAAACACACACCACCACCAUCAUUUUUAUCCACCAUCAUCACCUGUUUACCAUAGCCCCACUGAGCCCCUUCACAUCCCAUAUUUAAGCGCCGUCACAUCCUCGCUCGUUAUUUUGUUUUUUUGUUUCCAAGCUGUACAGAAAUCUUAUUCUUAUUACAAUCACCCCAUCAUCUUGGAUGCCCCCACUCCCCC